AUGGAUAUUGACUCAGGGACAGUCAAUACUCCUCAAACACCACCAGAAGAUAGAGCUAUAGAACGUUUAAAUGAACGUUUGGAGCUCUACAGUUUAGAGAACAGUAGAGCUAUCCCAGGUGAUGGCAAUUGUCAGAUGCAUGCCCUAUCUGACCAAAUUUAUGGCGAUUUGAACCAUAGUAUGGAAAUUAGAAUAGCCAUUGUUACAUGGCUCAUAAAAAAUAAAAACUUAACCCUUUCAAAUGGUGCAAAAUUAUACCAAUUUGCCAAUGCCACUAGUUGGUAUAAGUACUGCAUCCAAAUGGCAAGAAAGGGUACAUGGGGAGACCACUUAACUUUACUCGCCGCUGCUGAAAUUUUCAAAUCUAAAAUUACCGUUAUUUCAUCAGUUGAAUCUAACAGCAGCUUUUUCAUUGAAAUCACUCCACGUUCAGUUGAAAACUCCAGAGUAAUUAUUUUGUCUCACCAUGCAGAACAACACUAUGGUUCCUUACGCCAAAUUUUAUAA